UCUUGCCUGAAGAACCCCAGGAGGAACGUGGUGGACUAUGGUCCAUGGGGUCACAAAGAGUCGAGCACAACUGAAGUGAUAUAGUGCGCACACACACGCCUGCAUUAACUUUAAAUUUGUACCUUUUUACCAACCUCUCCUUGUUUCUCCCACCUCCCAAACACUGGAAAUCACUUUUUUACUCCAUUUCUAUUAGUUUAACUCUUUUUUCUCAUAUACAGUAUAAGUGAUACUAUGCACUAUUUGUCCUUCUCUGCCUGGCUUAUUUCACUUAGCACAGUGUCCUCAAGGUCCAUCCGUGUUGUGCCACAUCACAUGGGACCCAUGCAAAACUGGGUUUGGGAAGUCAAGAAAGCAUUUCCCUUUCUCAUGCCUGAGUAAGAUUCCAUUGCAUCCAUUCAUCCAUUAAUGGACACUUGGGUUGCUGCCAUAUCUUGGCUCUUGUGAAUAAUGCCACAAUGAACAUGGGAGUAUGGAUAUAUCUUUGAUACCCUCUCUCAUUUUCUUUGGAUAUAUACCCAGAAGAGGAAUUGGUGGAUCCUAUGAUGGCUCUGGAGGCCUGGCAUGCUGCGAUUCAUGGGGGUCACAAAGAGUCGGACAGGACUGAGCAACUGAUCUGAUCUGAUCUGAUGAUGGCUCUAUAACUAGCACUGAUUGACUGGACUUCAUGGGCCAAGUGUUAGUCACUCAGUCAUGUCUGACUCUUUGUGACCCCAUGGACUGUAGCCCACCAACCUCCUCUGCCCAUGGGAUUCUCCAGGCAAGAAUACUGGAGUGGGUUGCCACUAAGCACAAUCUCAAUCAUGUUCCAUGCAUCAAUUCAGGUAACCCCUCUGAGAUAGGUGUUAUUUUGAUUGUCAUCUCCGUUUCAUAUAAGAUGAAUGAAGAGGGUUCAGUCAUUUGCCAAGUCUGCACAGAGAGGAUGAAGCAGAGCCGGGCCUUAACCUGAAAGAGCUUGGUUCCAGAGCCCACACUGUCAACACUGAGCAGCCUUCAGCUGAGGACAUCUGAGAAGGGAAGGAGGUCCUGAUUAUAUACCCAGGACCACUAGGUCACUGUGAAAAGUCAGCUGAAAGGAUGAGGAAGAUGGGGGCCCUAAAGGUUUGAACAGAGCAAUGACAUGAUCUUAGUUACAUGCUAACAGGAUCACGACUGCUGCUUUGUAGGAAGUGUGGUGUGGGAGUAGGGGUGGGAAGCAGAGAGAGCAGUUGCAAGACUUCAGCAAUGAUCCAGGCCAGAUACUCCCCCUUCCCCCUCCCUUCAUAUUAAGAUGCUGCCUUGUUCGUGUCAACGGUCCUCUUGCCAAACGUGGUACCUGGCAUAAUGAUGAUGGCUGAAUGAAGUCUUUGCCGACGGCAGUCAUACUAGUCAAACGGCAGAGGAACCAUGCCUGCCCUUGUCCAUAUUAAAAACAUAGUCUGUGAUUCAGAGUCACCCUCAGGGGUGAUGGAAGGUAUGCAAAUGGAAAGAGGCACUGUUUCAAACCUCAGUUCACAGAGACUAUAUGCUUUGCCUGCUGUCAGUUUACUGAAAACCCAUAAACAAAUUCUACUCUCUUCACCACUCAUGGGCGCCCAGAUGGGCAUGCAAAACUGGGCUUGGAAAGUCAAGAUCCUAUCCUGUUUGCAUCCCUGAUGUCAUGUCCUGGCCCUCUGGGAAGGCUGUUGUUACAGAAUACCUGGGUUUAUUCAAAGCUUCUGCGUCAACCAAGAGACAGACCCAUCAUUCUUCUGCUCUCACGAUGAGCAUCUGUGUGUAUCCAAGGGAUAUUCUAAAGAAGCACUGUCCCUCUAAGUUUACUGUCUGAACUUUUGAUGCACUCACCUUGGGAUAACUCUGGACCAAGAGCUGACGCCUUGUAAAGGAAGGUCCUGACUUAGCACACAAACAUACUUUCUCUCCUGGGCGGUACAUGAGUCUUAGAUUAGCCAAGUCAGAAGAGGCAUCAUGGUGACUCUGACUCACAUCGCAUCUGUGCCCUCUGAAGUCAGGAAUGCAUUUCUGUUCUUUUCAGUCCUGGAGUUUGCAGUAGGGAUCCUGCUCAACGCCUUCAUUUUCUUGGUCAAUUUCCGGGACCUGGUGAGGAGGCAGCCACUGAGCCACUGUGAUCUUGUCCUAUUGAGUCUCAGCCUUACCCGGCUUGUCCUACAUGGGCUGCUCCUUCUGAAGGCUGUUCAGCUUACUCAUUUCCAGCGGAUGAAAGACCCGCUGAGCUUCAGCUACCAGACCAUCAUCGUACUCUGGAUGAUCGUCCACCAAGCCGGCCUCUGGCUCGCCACGUGCCUUAGUCUCCUCUACUGCUCCAAGAUUGUCCGUUUCUCUCACGCCUUCCUGUUCCGUGCAGCAAGCUGGAUCUCCAGAAAGAUCCCCCAGAUGCUUCUGGGUGCUGUGGUUCUCUCCUGUGUCUGCACUCUUCUCUGCUUAUGGGACUUUUUUAGUGGAUCUCAUUUCUCAGCUGUAACUAGGCUACUCAUGAAUAACAGUACUGAACUCAAUUUGAACAUUGCAAAACUCAGUUUCUUUCAUUCCUUCCUCUUCUGCAGCCUGGCAUCCAUCCCUUCUUUCUUGCUUUUCCUAGUUUCCUCUGGGAUGCUGGUGUUCUCCCUGGGGAGGCACAAGAGGAUGAUGAGGGCCAAAACCAGAGGCUCUGGGGACCCCAGCAUGGAGGCUCACACCCGGGCGCUCAGGUCUCUUGUCUCUUUCUUCUGCCUGUAUGUGUUGUCACUCUGUGCUGCCUUAUUCUUGAUGCCGUUGCUGACGCUGUGGCACAGCAAGGUCGGGGUUAUGGUCUGCGUAGGGAUAAUGGCAGCCUGUCCCUCAGGACAUGCAGUCAUCCUGAUCUCAGGGAAUGCCAAGCUGAGGAGGGCUGUGGACACCAUUCUGCUUUGGGCAAAGAGCAGCUUCAAGGUAAGGGUGGACCACAAGGCAGAUCCCAGGACGCCAGAUCUGUGUUGAGAGCGGACACAAAAUGGGCCCUGUGUGGCUAUGCCUCUGAUUGUUCAUACAGCCUUCAGAAACCCACUCCAAUUUCUUCUAUAAAAUAUAACUCCAAGUCUCUCUACAUCAAUAGGCCCAUCCACAGUAGAAUAAAACAAUGAAAGCUCUACACAUGGCGUAGGCAAGUAGAAUGGCAUUGAUUGCCUAGGUUUCUCUUGACAGAAAGUGGUGUCAGUCACUCAGUCAUGACUAACUGUUUGCAAUCCCAUGGACUGUAGACCACCAGGCUCCUCUGUCCAUGGAG